CGUUCAGCGGCCGCCGCAAGGCAGCUCGAACGUGGAGGCGGCCCGCCGGCUCGCCGCUGCCGGGGCGCGCCACGCCGCCCUGUGAGCUGCCGCGGCGUCCGAGACGCAUGCAGCACGCUCGCCGCCUCGCGGCCAUCCCAGCCGCCUGAGCGCCAUGCUCGCCUCUUGCUGGCGAGCGUUUGGCAUCAAAAUCAGUGCCUCUUCACCUCGCACGUGUCGAGCGACUUCAAUCCACAUCUGGUCCCAGGCUUUGAACGCUGAUGCGCCGUAUGGCCUGGCACGGACGACGCGCGGCUGGAGAGCAUCGCACCCGAGGCUGUUUGCCUUGCAUGCUGCCCGGUUGCGCGAGCUCGACGAUGAUCAGCCUUGCUCACCCCUCAAUGGCUCUCGCCUCUCAGGUCUUGGGCACGGUGAGACCUCAGAGGCGCAUUUGAAAGGUGGUCCGCAGUCCUGCGGUGGCCCUGCGAGCUCCGACGCUCGCUGGGUGAGAGCCCCUAUGGCUCGAGGCACCUGUACCCCUGCAGGUGCCAGAUCUGCUCAGACUCGGUCACUCCGCCAUGCUGUCGAGUCAGCCACAACAGCACGAGCCCCUCAUGCGCAAGCCGACUGCGAGCACUGCGACCAGCACCGCUGCCGUCAAACGCUCGCAACACCGGCGUCGACUUUCCUUCGCAAAAAGAGCUCAAUUGCAUCGACUCGGCAGCGACAGCACAGGCUUGGCCUCUAGCAGCAUCCCGCAAGCCGACACACUUCGCUUCGGCAACACGCUUAGUUGCUGGUGAUCUUGUCACUGCGAGAGGCGGCGGCAGUUAGCAUGCGGGAUAGAAGUCGAGAAGCGAC